GCCGCGGGUUCUAUGGGGAAAGCGGCCGCGCUGUGCAGCGGCAGCACCCGCGGGCUGGUCUCACUGCUGAGCGCCGUCCCUUGCUUGGCUUGCCACGAGCUGCCGGGCUCCGGUCGCCGCGCCAUGAGCGCCGAGACGGCGGCGGCGGGGAGCCGGGGCGGCGGCGGCGGAGCGGCGGCGGGGGGAGCGGCGGCGGCGCCGGGCUCCGACACCUACAAGGGCUGGCUCUUCAAGUGGACCAACUACCUGAAGGGCUACCAGCGCCGCUGGUUCGUGCUCAGCAACGGGCUGCUCAGCUACUACAGGACGCAGGCGGAGAUGGCCCACACGUGCCGUGGGACCAUCAACCUGUCGACAGCUCACAUCGACACCGAGGACUCGUGCAACAUUGUGCUGUCCAACGGGGGCAGGACUUACCACCUGAAGGCCAGCUCAGAAGUGGAGAGGCAGCGCUGGGUCACGGCACUGGAGCUGGCCAAGGCAAAAGCCAUCCGCAUGAGGAACAACCAGUCAGAUGACUCGGGUGAUGAGGAGCCCGCCUCACAGUCAGACAAGAGUGAGCUGCACGGCACGCUGAAAACCCUCUCGAGUAAGCUGGAGGACCUGAGCACUUGCAAUGACCUGAUUGCCAAGCACGGGGCAGCCCUGCAGCGCUCGCUCAGCGAGCUGGAGAACCUGAAACUGCCAGCUGAAAGUGGCGAGAAGAUCAAGGCUGUGAAUGAGCGAGCCACGCUCUUCCGCAUCACCUCCAAUGCUAUGAUCAACGCUUGCCGUGAUUUCCUGGACUUAGCAGAAACUCACAGCCGAAAAUGGCAUCGGGCACUGCAGUAUGAGCGGGAGCAGCGGAUCCGGCUGGAGGAGACCAUCGAGCAGCUAGCCAAGCAGCACAACAGCUUGGAGAGAGCCUGCCGUGGGGCACCGGGCAGCGCAGGCAGCACCGGCACCGCCAAGGGGAGCGUGCAGUCUGCCAAAGGAGAAGCCAGUGAUGAAGAUGAAGAGACGGAGUAUUUUGAUGCCAUGGAGGAUGCACCAGCUUUUAUCACUGUAACCGCAGACCCCAAGCACCACAGGCGUUCGGGCAGUAACCUGAGCGGGGCCAGCGAGGGCCACCCUGAGGACUGGAACCUGGAGGACAGCGUAUUUGAAAGCUCAAAUCAAAGCAGCUACAAUGAGUCCUGCAAAGAUCUCCUGCCGAGGAAAAGGAGACGGAGCCGCAUCCCUGACAAACCCAACUACAGCCUUAACCUCUGGAGCAUCAUGAAGAACUGCAUUGGCAAAGAGCUCUCCAAGAUCCCCAUGCCUGUGAACUUCAAUGAGCCACUCUCCAUGCUGCAGCGGCUGACAGAGGACCUGGAAUACCACGAGCUGCUGGACAAAGCAGUCAAGUGUGAGAGCUCCACAGAACAGAUGUGUUUCGUGGCAGCCUUUUCGGUGUCUUCCUACUCGACGACGGUGCACCGCACAGCGAAGCCGUUCAAUCCACUGCUGGGGGAAACCUAUGAGCUCGACAGGCUGGAGGAGCUGGGCUUCCGUUCCCUGUGUGAGCAGGUGAGCCACCACCCCCCAGCAGCUGCCCACCACGUCUUCUCCAAGCGAGGCUGGACGCUGUGGCAGGAGAUCACCAUCGCCAGCAAGUUCAGGGGCAAAUACCUCUCCAUCAUGCCUCUGGGUGCCAUCCACCUCGAGUUUCACUCCAGUGGGAAUCACUACGUCUGGAGGAAAGUCACUUCCACUGUUCACAAUAUCAUCGUGGGCAAGCUUUGGAUUGACCAGUCUGGUGAAAUAGAGAUUGUUAACCAUAAGUCAAAAGAUAAAUGCCAGCUGAAAUUUACCCCCUACAGCUACUUCUCCAGGGAUGUCCCCCGAAAGGUGACAGGGGUGGUGAGUGAUGCUGAUGGCAAAGCCCAUUAUGUCAUGUCGGGCACAUGGGAUGAAAAGAUGGAGUGCUCCAAGAUCGUGCAGAGCAGCCAUGGCAGCGCUGGCUCCGAGGGCAAACAGAAAACUGUCUACCAGACACUGUCCCCAAAGGUCUUGUGGAAGAAGUACCCCCUCCCGGAGAACGCCGAGAACAUGUACUUCUUCUCCAGCCUGGCCCUCACCCUGAAUGAGCCUGAGGAACGCGUGGCUCCCACGGACAGCCGGCUGCGUCCCGACCAGAGGCUGAUGGAGAGCGGCCGCUGGGAUGAGGCCAACGUGGAGAAGCAGAGGCUGGAGGAGAAGCAGAGGGCUGUGCGCCGCAGGAGGGAGGCUGAGGCUGUGGAGGCCCUGGAGGAAGGCAAGGACUACGAGGGCUACAUCCCACUGUGGUUUGAGCGGAAGGUGGAUCCCAUCACAGGGGAGCUGAUCUGCACCUACAAAGGCGGCUACUGGGAGGCCAAGGACAAGCAGGACUGGAGCUUGUGCCCUGAUAUCUUCUGAGCUGCCGUGUUUGCUCUGGUGUGGCCAGCCUGCAGCAGGACAGACAGAUGGAGGGACGGCGAGGACACACGGCAGCAUCCUGCCAGUGCUUGACAGUGCAAAUAAACACACACACAGGGAGAAAUUUGACAAAGAGAAUCUAAACAGGGAUUCCAAACCUAUUUUUUUAUGCACUAAUAAAUAGCAUCUUUUUUUCUUUCUUUUUUUUUUUUUUUUAAAUGGUGGCUUUUUCAGCUACUAAUUAGGAAAGAGGACACGUGGCUCUGGUUUGUUUUUAGCCUAAAGUAUUCAUUGCUGUCAGGAGCUGCUGCCUGUAUCUUUCAGCACCUCGGCUGUAUCGGCUGAGACAACAACUUCCAAAGAUGCUCGCGCCGUGGGAUGCCGUGCAUUUGUGUGAGCUCUUUCUUUUGGCAUCUUUUCCCCCAUUUGUUGAAAAGAAGUUCUGUUCUUGGGUCAGAUUCUUUCAAAAACAAACAAAACCAGCUGUGAAUCUCUGCCCAGAAAAUAGCAGGGGCUGUGGCUGUUGCUGGAGGCUGCGGGUGGUUCCUACAGCUGUCCCCAUCACACCCAUCAGGAUGUUUCAGCUGAUGACCUGCUUUGUUUCCAUGACUGUGGUGCUGCUGGUACGGAGAGGGAGGACCCAAGAGGUGACGUCCCACCACGACAGAGGGAACCAGAAACCUGCACACCUGCAUUUCAUUUUUCUCUGGGUCUUUAUCACACCGUACUGAGUGCUCCCUCCCAUGGGCCACCUGUAGCUGGACUUCCACAUCCCCAUCAGAAGAUAAUUAGCAAUAAUGAACUUUGAGGCAAUGGGAACUGCGAAACCCACGGAACACUUAUGCAAUCAGGUUCCUCCACCAUCAGUCUCCUCCUGGUUGGCUUCUCUUCCAGCACCUGCUGCCUGCAGCAAACCUGUGUGUACAGUAUACAUAGACCUUGUAUGGCAUAACAGUAGUGAGUGGCUAUUGGAGUGGCAACACCCACUGAUCUCAACGUGUCCCUAAAUC